AUGAUGUGGACCACUGUCACUCUUUUGACUCUUAGCGUAUACGCUGUGGCUCUACCUGUCUUGCAGGUUCGCCAGAGUAGUGGAUCAUGGUGUGCAAAUCUUGGUGGUGGCGCAUUCGACACAGCGCGGAACUUCACGCUCUCCGCAUUCAAUGCCACUACUCCGGAUUCAGGUGGCGCUCAACUCGUACUCGGUCAAGCGGGGAGCACAGAGGGGAAGGAGUUCGGAGUGCUUUCGACAUUCGCUUCCUAUCCUUAUAACCAGUUUCCGAGCUUCUCUCUCAACAGUGGCGCACUACUGCCAAACUACGAGGAAUCAGGAAUGUACUCUUCUGAUCUCAGUGUUGCUGCUGGUUCGCCACCCACGUUUGAGUACUCGACGCAGUCUCAGGAUCUCGACCCGAGUGCUCAAAUCUACUGUGCUGUGGCCGACACGGAUCCUAAUGGAGGCUCGAUGUACCCUAUGCUUGCUGUCAACGAGCAGACAGACGGCUUCUCUCUCUGCCUCACGGGUGACGGCGCAAAUGCGCAGAACAAUGUGGUCUUCCAACCAACUGCAGACAAUAAUGGAGAGUACGUCUACUCCAGCUGCUAUCCCGUAUUCGUGCGCCUUCUCGGUCUGGAUUGA